CUCCGCCUGACCGCACCCCGCACGUCUUCGCCCAGUCCCGUCCAACAACGUACCAUCUUGAAUCUUCUUCGCCUAGGCUAGCUAUAUACUAGGUCUUCUCCUGCUCAGCCAUGGCUAUGAUGGGCAUCAUCAAGACCGACAUAGCGCCGGAGACGGCGUACGAGACGGAGCCCAUGUCUCAGGCUACAGCCAGCUCCGCCGCGGCGGGCGCGCGGCACCGCAGGGGUUUGCUCUCGAGGAUGAUGCCGCGGGGGCACUACUCGUCCGUCGGCGCCGAGAACGGAAGGGCGCCCGAGGCGGCACCGAUGCCCCCGGCCGCUGCCGAUGGCUCGGAGGUCGCGGAGAAGCCGCGGCGCGGCUGGCUGCGGCGGCUGAUACCGCAGCAGCGGCGGCGCUGGAAGAAUCUGGGCGGCGCCAGCGCGUCGAGGCUGGCCGGACUGUCGCGAUCGCUGCGGUGGAAGCGGCUGUCCGUGAACCUGAGGGGCAGCUGGGCGUCGGCGCUGCUGGACACCGUCGCGUUCCGCGUGAUGUACGUGGUGGAAGCCAUCGUGCUUGGCCUCGCCCUCUCCUGCUUCUUCUGCUGCUGCGGCUGCCAGAUAUAGCUGGCCAUGGCCUGCCCCUUGCUGUGAUUCAUGCAAGCCCCCUUCUGCUUGCCAUUGGGCGUGUAAUCUUGUACCCCCGUGCCCCGUCCUUUAAUUUUCUUAUGUCAAUUAUAAGAUGCUUAGUUCUGCGAUCAA